CCGGAGGCCUGCGGAGUCCAGUGCGCGCUUAGUUCGCCCCUCUCAGCUCAGUCUGGAAAUGCACUUCCGGUCGGUGUGACGUGGCUGACAGUGGAAAAUAUUUCAGCAGAGAAAUCGGGAGUCUGUCUGCUGCAGUGCUCCAGCUGGUUCUAGACAGCAGUGCCUGGAUGGCAGGGUCAAACUGGAGUGAAAACUGUAGGAAUAUCAGCAGGGCUCCUCUCUACCUUACAGCACCCCACAUGUUUCUUCCAAGUGUUUUGCGGAGGUCUGGGCUGAUGAGCGCAGGACCUGAGAAGCCCGUUUGGGCAUUUGCUGUGCUGCUCCUUGUCGCCGCCCUACUGGCGUCAUCCUUUGGUGGGAAGAUGAUGGCUCAGACUGCUGUGGCCCAGGCAAAGACUGCACCUGCAGGACCAGGACCGUGGUGCAUUAAGGACCUUCUAGACCUCCAGUACCUGGAUGAGCUGCUCUCCGUAGAUAACCUAGACGUUUGGUUCUGCUCCCUCUUGGGAUCGAUUGCCAUCGGACUCAGUGGUAUCUUUCCGCUUUUAGUGAUACCCAUUGAAGCUGGAACAACUUUGAAAACUGAGGCUGGGUGUCAGAAGCUGAAGAAGCUGCUGAGUUUUGCCAUUGGUGGUCUCCUAGGAGACGUGUUUCUCCACCUCCUUCCUGAAGCCUGGGCUUACACUUCCAGUCCUGAUGGGUCCCACAGACACUAUCGUAUGCAGGGUUUGUGGGUGAUAGGUGGUCUGCUGUCCUUUUUGAUCUUGGAGAAGAUGUUCCCUGAUGAAGAUGGUGCCCCAGAGAGCAGAGCUGUCUGCCAAAAAGCCAAAUCCUCUUCAUCAGAUAUGAGCAACGAGGUCUCUGUGUCCCCAAAAACAAAUGGCAUCUGCUCGAACAACAACUCCGACUCCAAGCCAAAGACUGACAUCAGCCCUUACACAGAGCCAGAGAAAAUAAAGACAAGUGGUUAUCUAAACCUUCUUGCUAACUGCAUCGAUAACUUCACUCAUGGGCUGGCAGUGGCAGGAAGCUUCUUAGUAAGCCGGAAGGUUGGUUUCUUAACAACGUUCGCUAUUUUGCUUCAUGAGAUCCCUCAUGAGGUGGGCGAUUUUGCCAUUUUGCUGCGAGCAGGCUUUGACCGUUGGAAAGCCACUCGUAUGCAGCUCUCUACAGCAUUAGGGGGAGUCCUGGGGGCGUCUUUUGCUCUUUGCUCCCAAUCACAGCAUGGUGCAGAGAAUGCCACUGCCUGGAUCCUGCCCUUCACCUCAGGUGGCUUUAUCUACAUUGCCUUGGUCAAUGUGGUACCUGAUCUGCUACAGGAGACCAACCCUAGGAACUCCUUACUGCAGGUUCUGCUGUUGUUUUGUGGGAUAGCAGUCAUGGCUCUUCUCUCAGUCGUGAUGGACUAGCCACAGGCGAGCACUGCUUUUAUCAAGGGAUGUUUAGACUGCCACGGAGCAUUGGCUUAUGGACAAUUCACUCCACUGUUUCAGCUUUAAAUAAUUUAGACAUUUUUGUCACCCCAAAGACAACGUGAGGAAAGACCAAUGAAAGAAACAGCCUUGACAAUCAAGUGUUUGAAUCUUUGUCUGUGCGUGUGAUUUUUAGCCUUAUCCUUCAAACACCUCAAACCUUCUGUGUCCAGAUUCAAUUUAGACUGAACUCAUGAUGCCUUAUAGGCUCCAGCUAAAACUGAAAGGAAACACAGGUUUAUUCAAAUGGUGCUCUGAAAUAACAGUAGUUUUGGCUGAAAUAUGCCUUAAAAUUUGCUCCUAUUUUUUUCAUUCUUGUUCAUAUUCAUGUUCUUGUCUCGUCUCAUUGACUUAUGCUCAGUAUGUUAUUUCCCGUUGUCAGUAUAGGUUACAUCACUGUGAUUUGCUUUAAUUGUAAGUCAUAGCAUACUGCACAUGCAGUUUCACAACAGGUCAACACAUUCUUUAUUAAGAGACAGUAUACAGGCACAUACACUUACAUGAUCAGAUUUUUGAUGGUCAUCAUCAUUGCUUUUCUAUAAAGCUGCUUCAAUUUUAUAAACGAUUCUGUGGAAGUCUAUACAAGCUCAUUUCACGCUUCAUUUGCUUAAGUUAAGACAUACCACGCUUUGCAUGAAUGCAUAUUCCUCUUGCACAUACAUCACCGAACACACUCCCCCUGUCAAACACAUUUGAAAAUGCUCAACAGGCCUUAUUUUCUUUUAUUUUCUUACAGUAUUUAGCCUUGUUACUGAUUGUGUCCUGAUAGCCACUACACUACUGCAUUUUACUGAUUUUUCUGUACAGUUCAUUGUGGUCCUGGCGUUGCAAUUCAGAGUCUAGAGUGAUUUAGUCUAGAGAAUUGACGGAUCCAUAAGCAGACAGUUCUUUUACUCGACUGAUUUGGUGCCAUUUCAUACAUUUCGAUCAAAUUUUAAAGAAAAUAAAAUGGUUGAUAAAUGGAUUGCCUGUUUUGCCAGUUUUGUACAUGGAAUGUUGCUGAAAGAAUGUUCUGAACGCAUCACUUGGCAGGUCAGAACGGUCUUUGCCAAAAUGUAAAUAUUUGAAAAGAGAUUAUAUAUAUUUAUUCUAUUAACAGUCAUGUUGAAAGAAAAAUGUAUAAAUUUUAAUACUUGAGUCCUCCCAUUGUAUAGUUGAAAUAAAGAAAUGUUACUGUUUGAUUUAAA